AGGUUGGCAACAGCCAGUUCAAGCCAGUUGAUAUCCUCGUAUCCUGCGAGACUCACCAAGCUUUGAUAUUUACUGCGUUUACUCCUAAAAAACGAUAAAUUAUGUGCGUUACGUACUCCUGGAGUUGACUGCACUUCUGAAUAAAUUUUCAAAGCUCUAGUCAAUAUCAUGUGCGUUUGAUUUGAAAUUUACGGUCGAUCGAGGAUUAAUUAUUGCUUCUGGGGAUCGUUGGAGUAAUCCGAGUUUGGGGAUUCCGCUUAUCGAGCACCAGAUAAAUCUAUGACAAUGAGCGAUUCAAGUGAUCUGGAUCGCCAGAUUGAGCAGUUGAAGAAGUGUGAGAUUAUAAAAGAGGCGGAGGUCAAGGCACUCUGUGCGAAAGCACGAGAGAUCCUCAUUGAGGAGAGUAAUGUGCAGAGAAUUGACUCACCUGUUACGGUCUGUGGGGACAUUCAUGGACAGUUCUACGAUCUCAAAGAGCUGUUCAAGGUGGGUGGAGAUGUCCCAGAGACGAAUUACCUGUUCAUGGGAGAUUUCGUCGACAGGGGGUUCUACAGUGUCGAGACAUUCUUACUUCUCCUUGCACUGAAGGUGCGUUAUCCAGAUCGAAUCACAUUAAUUCGUGGCAAUCACGAGUCCCGACAAAUCACACAGGUCUACGGAUUCUACGACGAGUGCCUGCGAAAGUACGGGAGUGUAACAGUCUGGCGAUACUGCACUGAAAUCUUCGAUUAUCUGUCGUUAUCAGCGAUCAUCGAUGGAAAAAUAUUCUGUGUCCACGGGGGACUGUCCCCAAGCAUCCAGACACUUGAUCAGAUUCGAACCAUUGACAGAAAGCAAGAGGUGCCUCACGAUGGACCAAUGUGUGACCUCCUGUGGUCAGACCCGGAGGAAACUCAAGGAUGGGGCGUAUCUCCCAGAGGUGCAGGUUACCUAUUCGGCAGUGACGUCGUAGCUCAAUUUAAUUCAGCAAACGACAUCGACAUGAUCUGCAGAGCCCACCAACUAGUGAUGGAAGGCUACAAAUGGCACUUUAACGAGACUGUACUUACCGUCUGGUCAGCCCCCAAUUACUGCUACAGAUGUGGUAACGUAGCAGCUAUUCUAGAAUUAAAUGAACACCUUCAACGAGACUUCACAAUAUUUGAAGCAGCACCACAGGAGAGUCGAGGAAUACCUAGUAAAAAGCCUCAAGCUGAUUACUUUUUGUAAUUAAAUCAUGAAUAAUGUAAUUGUAAUCGACCAAUGAACAUUAAGAGGAUAUAAUAUCCAACCUAUCUCUGCCCCUCCCCAUCUUUACAUUAAAGGUUUUUCAAUAUUUUUUCACUAUAAAUCUCAUUUUUUCUUAUCUGGAUCAAUGAUUUCUGCGAAGACGAUUGACGAGCGUCGAUUUACUCAUUAAUAUACUCCAUUCACUGUCGAAAAUGUAUUUAUGAACAAUUAAUUCUCUGUAAUAAAAAAAUCGCCAUUUGUAGAA